CAUUGGCCCUGAUAUUCUUCACCUUUUUGGGUCAAUUCUUUCUCCCCUUCUUCUCAUAUACCCUCCGAAUACAAUGAGGUCCACAUUCCGGUUGCUGGCCAACGUCAAGCCGGCUCGGUACCUGGAGCCUUUUGCUCCCACCGGUAUCACCGGCCUUGUCACUCAUCCCAGUCCCCGCCCGACUUUGAUCUAUCUCUACACAACUACCCUGCAGAAAUUGAAGGCCUUCCCCGAGUCUUCCGUCUACCGCCAGUCCACCGAGGCUGUAACCCGCCACCGUCUGCAAAUUGUUGAAUCUACGAAACCUCCUGGCUAUGAGGCUUGGUUGGAGCGCGUGAAGAAGGCCAUUGGUACUGAACCUGAGCGGUUCGCUUCUCUCCUUCGCCCAGAUGGCUCGUACGCGGGAGUUUUGCGCGGCGAUGGAAGCGACAAUCCUCGGGGUGAGGAGUGGGAUGGAGAAGCCCUCGAGCCGACUAGUGAAGGCCCUGCCCGUACUCCAGAGGAAGAAGCUCGGUGGCAUCAGGCUAUCGAAGAUUCCACCAAUGCAGAGAACGAGUCUGAUUUCCAUACUCACGCUAUGAAGUGGGAGAACGAGCCCGCCUUGGAAGCAGAGCAGGUUGCCGAAAUCGAGAACCAGAUUGGCGCUGGUCUCCUUGAGGAGGUCAUCCAAGUUGCAGAGGGUGAGCUGAAGCUUGUUGACGAGAUGUCCAAGUCCAAGGUUUGGGAGGAGCUAGAGGAAAAGCCCACCCCUGGCCAGUGGUCCUACUUUGAGCGCAAAGACUCUGCAUAAAGGCUGACUCCGAUGAAUAAAAAGACUUGUUCAUUUCUAUGAUCCUUAACCCCACUUGUAUUUAUUAGCCGAUGCGUGUCAAAUGGAAAGGAACGCUAUCUUGUCGAAAUUAUAUCCACUAUUAGAAGGUUCAUGU